AUGGCAUUAGGGAAGAAGAACUUAGGUGCCGCGAAAUCAUCAUCCAACUCUAGUCGAAACGUAGUGUGUGAUGGAGUGUUAGGGUUAGAGUUUGUUAAGUACAAGAGAGGAUUUAGGAGGAAGAGGGUUUUGAUUUCCGGUGGAAAGAUUCGGGGCAAAACUCGAGAGCUUGAAACUCUUCCUCAAGAUAUUCUGGUAAGGAUUAUAUGUGGAGUGGAGCAUGAAGACUUGAAGAAAUUGGUUAAUGUGUCCAAGACCAUAAGAGAUGCUACAUUGAUCGCAAAGAAAUGGCAUUUUGAAUACAGCACACCGAGGAAAACUCUGUUUUUUCGAGGUGGGCUUGAUUCGGUGAUCGAUUUGGGAGAUGAGAUCGAAGCUCCAUUGCUUAAAAAGUACAGCUUUUCAAGAAUAAUCUGCAACAAGAAAGUUUCUAAGAUCUCAAUGGCUCUUUUCAAAUGA